AUGUUUAUGCUCAGGAACGUCAGUAAGCUCAUCUUUGGUGACUCUGCGAAGGAAUCUAUUAUCGAAAUACCUCAAGGGCAGCUAUAUAUCGUUCGGCCGCUCUCCCCUAAGGGUUACUCUGAACUCAUCUUCAAGGACGCUGCGGCCAGCAUCCGACGGACCGGUCAAGAGUUCCAGUACCAGCUAGUGAUUCAGCGGGCUUAUGAAGAAGGGGAAGAAGAGCUCGCUGCCGAAGGUGACGAAAGCGGUGAGCUUGAAGCACUGGGCGGCGACAAGGAUGAGAAGAUCUUUCUGGUAGACGAGAGCCUUCGCCUCCGGUCUGAGCUGCGGGAAGAAGGCGAGAAGGUGAUUGCAUGGAGAGACUUGAGCGGCGACGUCGGUGAUCUCUACGAGUUUGUCUGCGAUCCCUCAACGCCUCAGGAAAAAGUCGCGACAUUUCUGCUUGCGGCAGUGGAGUGUCAGUACGAGCGUAAAUACCGCCGCAGUGCACAGCAAGCAACAGACCAACAGCUCCAGGAAUUCGAUUUUGACGAAGAAGAGAGCCCAAUCCCCACAGCGAGCCCAAUCACUGCUUCUCCUCAUUCGACCUCUCCAACCUCCAAAGAAUCGGCAGCAGCGAUGGCGAAAGAAGUUGUUUCUCCUAAAGGGCCUCAGAAACAGCCCUCGGAGCAUACGGUUGCACCGCCGUCUGCUUCCAUUCCGACUGCGAACGAGAUACUAGCUAAAGAGACAGCCGAGCUUCACUUGUUCGAUUUUAAUACCGGAACAUUUGUUCUCCAGGACCGCUUGGUAACUGCAGCAGUUUCUGAAAUCGGAUCCUGGGAAUACUGGCUACAAAUCACGGGCUCUGAUCGUGAGUGGCUCGGUCAACCUGUUGUUGGUGAUAUCAACCCAGUGUUCAACUUUGAGUAUCUCUCAUUCAUCUUCAAUCAUUAUACAGAAGAUGGCUCUGCUUAUUCUUGGCUUCUACGGUUUAAGGACCAGCCUACAGAGGAACGGUUCCAGGAAGGGCUAAUGCAAGCUCUGUGGGAACGCCUGAAUGAAACGAAGUGGGCUAAAACCAAAGAAAAUGAUCGUGAUUAUGUACUGGAAGCUUUCAAUGACCUUACGAUGGAAGAUAAAAGAGAGGAAGAUCUUAAAGAGCUCGAGGAAGAGGAAGAGAUCGAAGAGAGAGAAGUAGGUGAGGAAGAGGAAGAAGAUGAUGGACAGAGGAGCGAGCAUUAUAACACAGAUGAGGAUGAAGAUAAUUCUGUCACUCGAGACGAGGAUGGGAAUGUCAACUCUCAACUGGCUGUUGGCUACAAACACGAUAGGUCCUUUGUCGUGAGAGGGUCGAAGAUUGGUGUCUUCAGACAUACCCCUAAUAACAACCUCGAGUUUUCAACCAAUAUUUCAAAGGUUGAAACACCAGAUGGCAAGCUAUUCAGCCCUAAAAAGGUUAUGCUUCAUGCAGAGGACGCGAACAUGAUUCUCCAGAAUGAGCAAAACCCAAAUUCUCUAUAUCGUAUGGAUUUGGAGUAUGGUAAAGUUGUCGAUGAGUGGAAAGUACACGAUGAUAUCCCAGUGUUGUCUUUCACCCCCGAAACGAAAUUCUCUCAAAUGACAUCUGCACAGCCCUUUGUUGGUAUAUCGCAAAAUGCUCUUUACCGCAUUGAUCCUCGUCUCUCUGGCAACAAGCUUGUGGAUGCAGACCUAAAGCAGUAUACUAGUAAGAACGAUUUUUCUGUUGCUUCAACCACCGAAAAGGGCUACCUUGCUGUGGCUUCGAAUAAAGGAGAUAUCCGCAUGUUUGACAGACUUGGCGUCAAUGCCAAAACUCAUAUUCCAGCGCUUGGAGAAGCCAUCAUUGGAUUAGAUGUCUCUGCAGAUGGCCGAUGGGUACUUGCUACCUGCCGCACAUAUCUCCUCUUGAUUGAUGCUCUGCAAAAAGAUGGAAAGAAUGAAGGGAAGCUCGGGUUUGAGAAGUCAUUCGCGAAAGACUCGAAGCCACAGCCUCGACGUCUCGGCUUACAACCUGCACAUGUUGCUCAAUUCCAACAUGAAACCAAAUCUCCCCUUGCCUUUACUCCCGCUCGUUUCAACACAGGCCUCGACUCUUCAGAAACUUCAAUUGUCACUGCCACUGGACCAUUUAUAGUUACGUGGAAUCUGAAGAAGAUUUUACUUGGCCGCAAAGACCCAUACACUAUAAAACGGUAUGCGGAGGAAGUCAAGGCAGAUAACUUCAAAUUUGGAAGUGAUAAGAAUGUCAUUGUUGCCUUGCCCAACGAAGUCAAUAUGGUUGCAAAGCAGAGCCUUCGAAAGCCAACUCGGGAGAGCAUAGCUGGCCCUCCAGUUACUCCAGCUAGGUUUGGCGCUGGAAGGAAAGGUAGUCGGCUAGGGAGGAAUGAAAUCGUCAACAGCCCAUAUUGA